AUGGAGGAACGGAAAGGGCUUCCUUUUUCCUUAUCGUUAAAGGCGGUCUACACUCCGUCGGGGAGUAACUUCGAUCUUUCCCCCUUCCCCCCCCCUGUUAGGAAAAAAAAAAUUAUGACAAAGUUAGCAAAACAACUUCCUUCUCAACUCGAAUUUUUUGGCCGCAUUCGCUUCCCUCUCCUCCCUUACAUACUUGGUGAAGAUAAAGGAAUGUGUAUUUGUAAAGUAGAUGCAGGAAUUAUAGUUGGCAUGCAUCAAUUGCAGCGCGAGGGAAAAGGUGAUAUUGUGGCGUGUGCGAUGUGCAAGCAUUUGAUUCGAAGCACAUGCUAUAAGAAGUUUGGAAAGAUGUUUCUUUGGGUCAUCGAAUUAUAAAUUAUUUAAACAGUAUAGUUAUAAUAGAAA